UCAAUGUAUACGUUUUGAGUUUGUUGGUUGUGUAAACAGAUGUAGGUGAUAUUGUUACAAAUAACCACGAAUGUGUUUUAUUUAGGGUGAUUGGGAAAACAUUGCUAGCAUCCUACUAGUUAUUAAUACUUUGCCAUCGAAUUAGCAGUUUUGUUCUCUUGCUGCUUAAGCAAUUGCUAAGCUAAUAGCUUUCUGGCGACAGAGAACGGGUGGUGCAAGGCGUCAAAGGGGUCAAAAAUGGACAAUAUCGAAACACCAUACGACGAGGAAGCUCAAUUCAUCGACUGCACGGUCUGUGAAAAAUCCAUCAGGGGUGAUACCUUGUACAAGAUACACCUGACCACACCAGGACAUAUAAAGAGAGAGGAUGUCCUUGUUGCUCAGGGGCUGGCUGUCAGACGACACACUGUACCCAUAUUUAAGGACAUUUGCCAAUAUGUGGACUACCUGAAGCUUGCUGAGCCCAUCAUUGGUUUGGACUUUUUGGAUGAAAUACCUAAUCCUGAGCCACAAACGGGGCCCAACUACAUAUGCAAAUUAUGUAAUCAGACUUCAGCCUUAGCAAAUAUGGUCUGCCACAUAAUUGGACGCAAACAUAGGCUGAAAUACAUAGAAGAAAACAGGAGAGACUUGGUGACCUGGGAUGGCCUAACCGUUAGAAACCAAGGAGGGAAGGUUAUGAGAGCCAAAGCAGAGAUAAUAGAAAGACAGGAUGGACGAGGAACUCCAAAAGCAAUGGUGAGAAGGGGACCCGAGGGGAAGUUAAACAUCUCAAGAGUUUCCCGAAGGCAGAAGCAAAAGAGAGAUCAAAGCAUCUCACAGAGACCCAUUCAAGAUGUACCACCACUUUUUCCAGAACUCAAGGACUACAACAGAAGGAAGGCUGCUGCAGGGUUCUCGAACAUGCCUGCCUUAUAUCCUGAUGAACCUAACAUGAAUAGGAACAGAGACUCAUUCAGCCAUGAUCGAGUUCAAGAGGAACAGCAAAGAACAGAUUACAGGGAAGGUCUGAAGUAUAGAGAAGACUAUAUGAACCCUGAUUAUCAUAGUUCAUAUGAAAAUGAAUAUGUUGACGAUCCACAAAGUGGGGUACUUGAGCCACGUGAUGUUCCCAGUUAUGAUUAUAGAAAGCAGAUGCCUCAUCACCAGGCUCAGGAUUUGGACUAUUACCCAGAAGAGGCUUCUUCUUAUAAAAGACCCUACCCAGAAAGAGAUGCUCUAGAGGAAUUCUAUGCCGAGGAAGUUCGGCGUGGGCAACUUCGUUCUCAUGAAUAUCAGCCCUCCCAGAAGAUGUACCUCGAAGGUGAUAAACAACCAUGGUCCCUGGAGAGAGAAUCUAAUAGACAUGAUAGUGCAAACAGAGCACACGGGCUGGGGUCAAUGGAACCAGAGGCUAAGAGGAGAAACAUAUCCACUCCUCUGGAGAGUGACCGAUCACAUGGCAAUUUCUUUGAUGUUGUCAAAGAUUACCAUCAUGAAAGGAGCAAGCCAUAUGAAGAGGAGACAUUUGGUUUGCCUGGGCCUAGCAGAGCUGGAUCCUCUAUCUCUCAGAGACGCAGUGAAGUUUCUAGUACUAUUUCCAAUAUCCCAGAGCCAUUCCAGCGUUUCCUAAAAGGGGGUCCAAAUAAUGAGGGGAGCAGUAAAAGAAAAAGCCGCUUUUCAGAUGCCAGUCCAGAAGAACUGGAAAUGACUAAGGAGAUCUUCAGAGAUGAAUAUGGACCUUCAUACCCAGUGACUGGUGGGGGUCCUAGACAAGCUGGUGCACCAUUGAGACCAGAAAUCAAUGUAACACAGUACUCAGACCCCUACGGUGAAUUGCAGAGUCAACAUCAGCCUGAAGAUUUCCAUAGAGGAAGCUCAGAAUCACAGGGUGUCUUUGACAUGCUGAGAAAUGUUGAAAUUGAGAAUGCAGAAGAAGCAGAGUUCCUGAAGAGCAAACUUUUCAGCCUUCUGAAAGAAUUCAAGACCAAAAAAUUGGAGAAAACUGGGCUUGAUAGUCAGAGUCGAGCAGGAAUCUCCAAAAACUAUGGUGACUUAAAGCUGGACUCACAACUGCCUCGACAGCACCGGUAUGAGAGAAGCCUAAGAGAAGAUUCUGACCAUAGGCGACCACAGGCCCUCGAUUUUGGCAGUGGUCACAGACAAGGCCAGAAACGGAAUGAGCAUAUAUUUGGGGAACAGUACAAAGAAUACCACCAUCCGACCUAUGGGGAACCCAGCCAUUCAAACAGAAGCCAUUAUGAAGAUGAGCCGCCAUGCUUUCCUGAACUGUUUGAAGAUCCCAUGUGCCCUCGUGUCUAUCAGCCUGCUGCUGAGGAGUUUUAUGAACCUCGCUCCUCUGCACCUUCCCUUCACAUGGAGCAAAUGGGCAGGAUACAGAGAGAUCCCCGCUACUCUAACAAUCUUGACAAAAUCACCUCUGCCCUGUUGGAACUUGUGGCAAGAAAAUGAUCAUUUUUAGAAUGUUUGUUUGAAAAGAAAAAUUCUUUGAUAAUUUCAUCAAUCUUUAACAGACUAUUUGCAGUUAAAUUUCUAACUUUAUUGUCAUUUUUUUUAUUAAUAUUUUUUUUUAUUUUGAUUUAGAACUUUAAGUAAUGUUGAAGUCUGUUUUUUUUUGUUAAAAAAUAAAACAUUUGUCUGCUG